AUGUCUUCUCCACUCUCCGCCGACGACGAAGAUAUCUUCGAGCGUCUCCAACAGCGUGCCGAUCCGAAAGUGAAGGAAGAACAGCAGAAAGCCGUCAAUGAGCGGGUCAGGGCGAUUUAUGAGAAGGCACAAAGUCGUCUCGGCGAACUGAUCGACCAGAAUUCCACUCUACCAUGUGUCAUAUCUUCGGUGCAGGUUCAUGGGGCUCAUCAUACCCGCAGAAGCUUUCUAGAGCGGCUUCUCAACCCUCUGCUGAGCAGCAAUCUUGCUAGACCCUAUACGCUCUCAGAAGCUCUGCAGGAAGUAUCGGCACGUGCGGACAAGCUCGGCAGGUUUGAUGUGUUCCAACAGCCGAUCUCCGUUUAUCUAGAUCAGUCAUCACCGGUUGAUCCCCGAACCGGGCUCCCGAACAUUGAUGUCUUGCUGUCGGUCAAAGAGAAGUCGCGCGUCUUGCUGAAGACAGGCACCGAUCUUGGAAAUACCGAAGGAUCCGCUUAUGGCAAUCUCCUCUGGCGUAACGUGUUUGGAGGCGCUGAGAAUCUGAACCUGAAUGCUUCGCUGGGCACUAGGACAAGAUCGGCUUACCAGGCUACUUUUGACACCCCGCUCUUCAGCGAUCCAGAUUUUCGCUUGGAGAUUGGUGGGAUUGCCAGUGCAACACAAAAGUCUUGGGCAAGCCACGAGGAGGUUCUAAAGGGAGGAUGGAGCAAACUCCGCUGGAUGAGCUCGUCCGGGCAUUACCAUGAACUGGGGUACAAUGGUUUCUGGAGACAAUUGACCGGCCUCGCCGAGAACGCCUCUUCUACUGUUCGCGCCGAUGCCGGGGAUAGCGUCAAGAGCAGCGUCUUCCACAGCUGGGCCAAGGACCAAAGGGAUAACGCGCUUCUUCCUACGCGCGGCUAUUAUGUCAAGGCUUUCAACGAGUUGGCUGGCUGGGGUCCGCUCAAAGGCGACGUCUCCUUCUGGAAAUCAGAGAUUGAAACACAAGCCGCGGUUCCAGUGCCUGUCCCUGGAAUUGAAGGCGACAGCGGCAUCAGUUUUACAACUGGAUUCCGUGCUGGACUUCUUUGCCCUCUGGGGCUUGACUCGGAUUCGCGCCCACAACUGUCUCGCGUCAAUGACCGUUUCCUGCUCGGAGGCCCUACAGAUGUGCGUGGAUUCCGUCUCUGUGGCCUCGGACCUCAUGAUGGAGCGGAUGCGGUUGGAGGAGAUGUGUAUGCUGCAGGAAGUGCCAACCUGCUGCUUCCACUUCCCCGAGUGGGUGCUGACAAGCCUUUCCGACUACAAGCAUUUGUGAACGGCGGUCGUCUGCUACCACUUCGAACAGCCGACAGAAAUGUGCCAACUUCCAGUGGCGAGGUGAGAGAUGCCAUGGCCUCGACUCUUUCUGAGAUGACGAAUGGCCUGCCUAGUGUCGCCGCCGGUAUUGGGCUGGUUUACGCCCAUCCGGUUGCCAGGUUCGAGCUCAACUUCUCCCUGCCGCUAGUGUUGCGGAAAGAUACCUUGGCCGCGAUGGCCCAGUAUUACCCGCAACAACAGCCUUACGGAGCGCAGGCAUCUGCGCAGAACCUCCAAUUCUACCCGUCAUCUUACCAGUCUGUGUCCGGUCAUACGACUCCUUCCCAAGCUACAUAUGAUGGCUUUGGAGGCUCCUCCAACCCCGCCGCCCAAGCAUAUCCCGUCGGUGGGGUGGGAAGCGGAUAUGGGGGUUUCGGCUCUCCAUCUGGAGGAGUGAGCGGAAGGAUGGGUGAACAGGGUGGGUUGCGGACAGGAUGGCUUGCUGCGUUUGGAACUGAAGGUUAUGAUGGGGAGCCACCGCUCUUGGAGGAGCUGGGAGUCAAUUUCGAACACAUUCGCACCAAGACCUUAACCGUCUUAAAUCCUUUCGCUCGUAUCGAUCAGCACCUCAUGGACGACAGCGAUCUAUACGGCGCUCUCCUCUACAUCGUCCUCUACGGCACAUUCCUCCUGCUGUCAGGCAAGGUCUUCUACGGGUACAUCUACGGCGUCGCAGUGUUCGGCACGGUUGCCCUGCACUUGAUCCUCAGCCUGAUGUCGCCCGCGCUCGACACAGCCCCAGUGCCCACCGCCGCAGAUCCCACCAACUAUUCUCCGCACCACAAACCCACUAUGUCGGACGCCUCCGCCGCUGGCCAUUUCUCUGCGACCUUGACCUUCCCUCGCUCAGCCAGCGUCCUUGGAUAUUGCUUCCUACCGCUGGUGCUAACUAGCUUGGUUGGGAUACUCAUCCCCAUGGAUACCAUGUUCGGGUAUCUCCUGACCACCGCUGCCGUCGGCUGGUGCACCUAUAGCUCCUCUGGAAUGUUCUGCGCCGUCGCCCGCAUGCGCGGCAUGAGGGGCCUGGUGGCUUAUCCGCUUGCGCUCUUCUAUGUCGUCUUCGGUAUCAUGGGCAUUUUCUCCUCCCGAGGCAGUGGUACAUUGGCUGCUAAGACGGGCGCUGCCUGA